AUGUUUAUCCAGUUCCGCAAAAGCACUUUUGACGACAAAAUAGUCAUAUCGGAAGUAUCGAGCGUUAAUCGGAUCUAUAUUGUGAGUUUUUUUAUGUUGUACUUGGUGUUUGGGCAUACUUGAUGGAAAAUGUCGAAAAUACGGAAAAUUUUCUCUAAUUUUGUACAAAGAUUUUUUAAAUACGGUCUAUGGAGAUCCCUGGCCCAGUUUCGGUAUUAAGUCGAUAAUUAUUUUGGGAUUAAUCGUCUUGGUAUCUUAUCCAUGGUGAGCAAAUAAAAUAUUUUAAAAAACGUCCAAUUUUGAGUCUAAAGUGUAAAUUCAGCGCCCGGUGUCGUUUUGCGAAGAAACGCAGGUGGAUGUCGACUUUUCCGCCAAAGACCUGCCUCGUCAGCCCGUGACGAUCUCCAUCAUCAGUACUAACGCCAAUAGAGCUGGAAUGAUCUUUUUUCGGUAAGGUGAGCUGUGCUUGAUGAUAGUCACAAUUAUAUCUUUUAUUUGUAGGGCUGGGCCGUCCAGAAGCUGGAUCACCAAUGGAAAGACGGUAUUUGAUCGAUCAGAAGCCGGAAUUCCUCAAACGUUUCGAUUUUUAUAA